GCCCCGACCCACACGCUGCUUGCCUGCCUGCCUGCCUCCUACUCUACCCUCCGUGCCUCAAGCCUCCCUAAUGGCGUGCGCCCGCUGGUCCAGCAGCUAAGCCAGCUAGCACUCAGUUACCCUUCCAUGGCCUCCCCGACUGCCAUAUAG